AUGCUAGAACUGGUGAUCUCACCCAGCCUCACUGGAAACAGAGAUUGUCCGGGUAAACCGAAGCUUAACCGUGCCGAUGCCGAUGUCUGGACUCUGAGUGACACAGAAGGCCUCACCACAUCGGCCUCUCCGAGUGUGUCUCAGCUCUUCGCAAGACCUUGCCCACACGUCCUGCCCAGCCAGCCUGCCACGGCCAUGGCAGCCUACGGCCAGACACAGUACAGUGCGGGGAUCCAGCAAGCUGCCCCCUACACCACCUACCCACCUCCAGCGCAGGCCUAUGGAAUCCCUUCUUACAGCAUCAAGACAGAAGACAGCUUGAACCAUUCCCCCAGCCAGAGUGGAUUCCUCAGCUACGGCUCCAGCUUCAGCACCCCACCCGCUGGACAGAGCCCGUACACCUACCAGAUGCACGGCACGGCGGGGAUCUACCAAGGAGCAAAUGGCCUGACCAACGCAGCCGGAUUUGGAAGUGUGCACCAGGACUAUCCUUCCUACCCUGGCUUCCCUCAGAGCCAGUAUUCCCAGUAUUACAGCUCAUCCUACAGCCCUCCUUACGUCUCGGCCAGCAGCAUCUGCCCUUCUCCCCUCUCCACAUCCACCUAUGUCCUCCAGGAGGCAUCUCACAGCAUCCCCAACCAGAGUUCUGAGUUGCUUGGCGGGGAAUAUAACACGCACAAUGGGCCCUCCACGCCAGCGAAAGAGGGAGACGCGGACAGGCCGCACCGGGCCUCCGACGGGAAGCUCCGAGGCCGCUCCAAGCGGAGCAGUGACCCAUCCCCAGCAGGGGACAGUGAGAUCGAGCGUGUGUUCGUGUGGGAUUUGGAUGAGACAAUAAUUAUUUUUCACUCCUUACUCACCGGGACUUUUGCAUCCAGAUACGGGAAGGACACCACAACGUCGGUGCGCAUCGGCCUGAUGAUGGAAGAAAUGAUCUUCAACCUUGCAGAUACACAUCUGUUCUUCAACGACCUGGAGGAUUGUGACCAGAUCCACGUUGACGAUGUCUCCUCCGAUGACAAUGGGCAGGACCUAAGCACGUACAACUUCUCCACUGACGGCUUCCACAGCUCGGCCCCGGGAGCCAACCUGUGCCUGGGCUCCGGCGUCCACGGCGGCGUGGACUGGAUGAGGAAGCUGGCCUUCCGCUACCGGCGGGUGAAGGAGAUGUACAACACCUACAAGAACAACGUCGGUGGCUUGAUAGGAGCUCCCAAAAGAGAGACUUGGCUACAGCUCAGAGCUGAACUGGAAGCUCUGACCGACCUCUGGCUGACCCACUCUCUCAAGGCGCUUAACCUCAUCAAUUCCCGGCCCAACUGUGUCAACGUGCUGGUCACUACCACUCAACUAAUCCCUGCGUUAGCCAAAGUCUUGCUGUAUGGACUGGGCUCCGUGUUUCCUAUUGAGAACAUCUACAGUGCAACGAAGACAGGGAAGGAGAGCUGUUUCGAGAGGAUAAUGCAGCGAUUCGGCAGAAAAGCCGUCUACAUCGUGAUCGGUGACGGCGUGGAAGAAGAGCAGGGAGCAAAGAAGCACAACAUGCCUUUCUGGCGGAUAUCCUGCCACGCCGACCUGGAGGCGCUGAGGCACGCGCUGGAGCUCGAGUAUUUAUAGCAGAAGCCACGGCCUCGC